CCAACUCUGACCAACCCAACAGAGUGAGCUCAUCGCCCACAUCCCAUCGCCAACCAUGAAGUCCCUUCUCCUUCCGCUUCUCUCCCUUCUCUCCCUCUCCUCCUCCGCCCUCGCCGCCACGCGUAUCUCUCCUCCUUCCUCCGCCUGUCUCCGCGUCGGCGCCGGCCAACCGUACUCCAACAUCCAAUCCGCCGUCAACGCCCUCUCCACCACGGCUUCCGGGUCUCAGUGCAUCUUCAUCUACCCGGGCACCUACUGGGAACAGGUCCUGAUCCCGGCUCGGUCCGCCCAGCUUUCCAUCUACGGAUACACCACCAACACCCUCGGCUACGCUUCCAACACCGUCACCAUCAUCGCCAACAGGUCCCAGGCCGAUGGCCUAAACAACGACCAGACGGCUACUGUGCGCGUCAAGAGCAGCAACACUCGCUUGUAUAAUCUCAACAUUGAGAAUGCCCACGGCCAGGGCAGCCAAGCCGUGGCGCUGAGCGUGGCCGCCGACGGCGUGGGCGUGUACGGAUGCCAGUUGAAGGGAUUCCAGGAUACGCUGCUGGCGGAGGACGGAGCGCAGCUGUACGCGCGGACGUUGAUUCAGGGAGCCACGGAUUUCAUCUUUGGACAGCGCGCACCGGCGUGGUUUGAGAAGUGCGAUAUCAAGGUCAUGGCUGCUAAUCUUGGGUAUAUCACUGCCUCGGGUCGUGAUUCUUCGAGCAACCCAGCCAACUACGUCUUCAACAGCUGCUCCAUCGCCGCCGCUGCCGGUAACAAUGUGCCCUCGGGAGCCUAUUACCUCGGUCGUCCUUGGCGCCAAUUCGCUCGCGUGACCUUCCAGAAAACCAGCAUGACCAACGUGAUCAACCCUGCCGGCUGGCAGAUCUGGAACAACGGCGAUGAGAGGACCAGCAACGUUGAGUUUGGCGAGUACGCUAACACCGGUGCGGGCGCGAGCGGGACCAGGGCGAGCUUUGGUAAGAAGUUGGAUUCCCCCGUCAAGAUUGAGUCGGUGCUGGGGAGUCGUUACACUCGUCAGGGUUACUAUGAUUCUAGCUAUAUGUGA